AUGAGCAAGGCGGACAUUGACUGCAUCAAGGCCGAUGAUCUUGUGUGGCGGUGCAAUGACUGUAAUACCGACAGAAGGAAAAGUAUGCGAUUUGAGGCUGAGGCUGGUGAAGGUAAGCUUUCAUUGGAUGAUGUCUUAAAAGCAAUAAAUGAGUUAAAAACUGUACAAAAGAACUAUGAAUCAGGUGUAAACAAGGCUUUCGAGGAUUUAAAUGAAAAGUUGGUCGAAAACCAUAAAGAUUUCUUAGUUGAGUGUAAGAAGACCGAGCAAUAUUUUAAGGUUAUUGAGGACUUAUUGACAGAAAAUAGGGAGCUGAAAAAUAAAGUGCAGAAGCUGGAGGAAAGACUUGAAGACAUGGAACAGUAUUCAAGAGGUAAUUGCUUAGAAAUACACGGGAUUCCACAGGAGCCAAAUGAGGACGUGCUCACCGUUGUCAAGGACGUGGACUGGGUAAGAGGGAGAACAAGGGGAAAAACUAUCACGCAGGUAUCAUUGUCAAGUUCGUGCGUCGUAUGGAUAAAGAAGUUUCUGAGAAAACGUCGAGUGAAGCGUAACUUGAACUUGAGCCACAUCAACAAGCCCGGAGGUGAGGUCAUCUACGUGAAUGAGUCGUUAUCCCCCGAGCGUCGCAGUCUCCUAGCCCUGGCGAAGGCGGCGAAACGGCAGAAGGGCUACACGUUCUUGUGGAUAAGAAACGGCAAAAUAUUCCUCAGAAAAGAAGAGGAGGCACCAGUGAUCGUUGUUACCAGGCAAGAACAUUUAUCUAAGUUAUGA